UCUUGGAGGCGGGAGUCUUGGCCCCGGCCUGGUCUCAUGCGGGUUGGAUACCUAGGCGAUAAUACCUAUUGGGUAAGUUACAAACCCUCAAGACGUAUAAUAUCCAGGUAAUCUAGUUCUAGGUGCACGUGUUAUGUAUGUGUCUGUGUCUGUUUGGGGUUUGUGGCUUGUAGGACUGCGCGCGUACGGUAGGAAGCAGAUUAAUAGUCACUUGGUCAAUCCCAACGUGUGGUUACUCAAAGUACUCGUAAGAACGAGCCAUAGAUAAGCCAUAAACAGACAGGAGGUAGACGAAAAGGACAAUGGUGUCACCCACCUACACAAUCCAACAAGAAGCAUCGCGCAUCUUACACGAUGUUCUUCUCGCAGACCCGCGUCUCCAAAUUCCUCCUUCCGUAAAAGCGGCUGUAUCGCGCACCUCUUUCUCCACCGAUUCGGUUGAGAAACCUUUCCUACCCGCACCCAUCAAGUGCACUGAGUCGAGUGCAGCACUAUGGGCGCUCCUAGCCACUUUCGGAAACGCCAUCGCCGGCGAGCGCUACGGUUCUACAGUUGCCGACCAACGCGCUAUUAUUAGUAGCGAUGCGGCUUCACUAUUCCUUUUUUCAUUCUGGUUUAUGCGAGUUGGGGGCAAGCCCGUGUCCGAUCCGGAUGUCGCACGGCGUAUCUCCGUUUAUGACAUUACGCGCCAAUUCACGCUCUGGCGUAGGCUCGUCACAAACGUAUAUCCCACGCGUGACGGACGUUGGUUUCACUUACACGGCGGUCUGAACUCGGAUAGGAGUUUGCGGAUGCUAGGGCUACCGACACAGAAGGACAUCGCUGGUGAGAUGGAAGCCAUCGAAGGUCUUUCCGAAGGCGUGAAACAGUUCGACGCGGAAUGGCUGGACAUCGAGGCUAACGAGUACUGGAGACAAGCGGGUGGGAUCUGCUUAACGCCAGAAGAGUACCGCACAAGCGAGCAAGGCAAAGCGGUAGCUAAUGACGGGCUUUACUUGCUUGAAGAAUUCCCAGACGAGAGACUGCCUCCGGUGCCGUGGCCCAAGGUUGAGACUAUGACGUACAGGCCUCUCGAGGGUAUUAAAAUUGUCGAUCUCACGCGUGCUAUCGCUGGCCCAACGAUUGCCAAGCUUGCGGCGCUAUUUGGCGCCACCGUAGUCAGAGUAUCAAAUACGAAGUUACCAGAUCUAGGCAUCGUAUUGUUCGAAAGUAAUCUCGGGAAGCGGGAUGCGCAUCUGGACUUGAAAACGGAAGAAGGACGUAAGGCGUUGUUAGAUCUAAUCCAGGGUGCGGAUGUUGUACUCGACGGCUAUCGUCCAAACGCCCUAGAAAAACUUGGAUUUGGCCCCACGUAUAUACACGAAAUCGCUAAAAGACGAGGCAAGGGUAUAGUGUAUGCGCGCGAAAACUGCUACGGCUGGAAAGGACCGUUGAAGCACCGCAGCGGCUGGCAGCAGAUUAGUGACGCUGUGACGGGGAUCGCCUGGCUCUUCGCCAGAAUGUGGGGUGUGGAUGAGCCCAUGAUGCCAUUUCUGCCCAAUUCCGACUUCCAAACCGGAAUCGUGGGUUGCAUCGCUGUUAUGAAUGCGCUGGACAAGCGGGCGAAGAAAGGGGGCAAUUAUCUCGUGUCCAUGUCGUUAAAUCAGUUGAAUAGCUUCUUGAUAUCUCUUGGGACGCAGAGUCCGGAAGUGCAAAGGUUAUUGCGUGAGAUGUGGCCAGAGAUGAAAUUCCGACAUUACGACGACCUACAUCGACAAAUGCGAGUGUUCUCUAGUAAUCUGUACAACAAAGUACCGCAGUUGCUAGAUCCGAAGUAUUUCAAGACCAUCAAGGCCGAUCUUGGCGUUCCUAAUGAGGAAAUGAUAUUUGUUGGACCCGCGGCUACAUACGAUACGACAAAGCUAGGAUAUGAUGUUGGUAGUUGUUUGCGAGGAACGCAUGAGGCAAAAUGGCCAAGCGAAGAAUAGGUCAUUUGUAUCAAGUGCUAUUCAAAUCAUCAGCAUUGUAUAUAGCCAAAGCAAAUAUAACCACUAAUCCGCCUCUAGGACGAUAGCGUAAAUUAAGGUAUAUAUCACGCAGAGCUUAGAGUGG